AUGGCACACGCGGGUAAUGCCACGUCAGCCUCUGACGGCAGCAACUGGGCUGCGCUUCUGCUGGCCGCAGGAUCUGGCGCCGUGGUGGCGGCAGCCGCGUCGUACUACUUCCAUUCGCAGGCGCUCGCGAAGUUCGCCGAGCAGGAUGGCAAGCUGAAGCCGCAGAAGAUGCGCAAGGUGACGACCGCCCCUGCGCGCCGAGCUGCGCCCACCCCGGGCGUGCCGCUGCGCCCGCAGCAGCGGAGUCACCGAAACUCCCAGUCGAACGCCGCCAAUCCCUACGCCUUCGACCCGCUCGCGGGCAGUUUCAGUCCGGGCAGUCUGCCCGGGAAACUUGCGUCCUCGCUGGACCGGCAGGACAUGCAGGCUCUCAGCGCCGCGCGGCUGGCGGCGGCGAACGCGUCGGCGGCAGUGGCGUCGGGGCUGCGAGAAGGUGCCGCGCACUCCCGUGGUGGCGCUCUCUUCUUCGCCUCCUUUGGUGAAUGCGAUUCCUGCCCAAAUCCUCCCUCCCUCCCUCCCUCCCUCCCUCCCUCCCUCCCUUCCUCCCUCCCUCCCUCCCUCCCUCCCUCCCUUCCUCCCUCCCUCCCUCCCUCCCUCCCUCCCUCCCUCCCUCCCUCCUCCCUCCCUCCCUCCUCCCUCCCUCCCUCCCUCCCUCCCUCCCUCCCUCCCUCCCUCCCUCCCUCCCUCCCUCCCUCCCUCCCUCCCUCCCUCCCUCCCUCCCUCCCUCCCUCCCUCCCUCCCUCCCUCCCUCCCUCCCUCCCUCCCUCCCUCCCUUCCUUCCUCCCUCCCUUCCUCCCUCCCUUCCUCCCUCCCUCCCUCCCUCCCUCCCUCCCUCCCUCCCUCCCUCCCUCCCUCCCUCCCUCCCUCCCUCCCUCCCUCCCUCCCUCCCUCCCUCCCUCCCUCCCUCCCUCCCUCCCUCCCUCCCUCCCUCGCUUUCCUUGCCCCGUUCCCCCAGGAAAUUUCCAAGGUGAGCUCCUUCCGCCUCGCUCGGUGAGCGCGCACUCGUCCGUGGUGGGGGGGAUGGGCGCGGAGGAGGCGGAGGAGGAGGCGGAAGAGGAGGACAUGGGGGAGGAGGGGGAGGAGGUGAUGGUGGAGGAGCUGGAGGAGGGGGACGAGGGGGAGGGCGGGGAGGGCGCGGAGAAGGAGGCGGAGGGGCGGGGGGAGGCGCGGGUGAAGAGGGCGGUGAGCGUGCAGGACAGCAUUCACCACCCCGUGUCCGACCCGGGCACGGCGGACCGGCUCAGGAAGGCGCCAGAGGUGGAGGACUACGUGCGCCUCAACCUCUACCCGCAAGGUGCAUUGCAUGCGCUGCCUCACCUCUCCAACCCUUGUGUGCUCUCCCACCCACCCUCUGUCGUAUCCCUCUCGCGCUUGUCACUUGAGGUGUGCGUGGCGAAUGGCUCUCCUCUUCCUCACCAUCCAUCCCAUCGCCACCCCCCUCUCCCUCACGCCCCUCCCCGGGCAGACAUGCCGAGUGCGGAGGACGAGGAGGUGUGUGUGUUGCUGCAGGAGUGUCUGCAGCUGAGGGACAAGUACGUGUUCAGGGAGGCCGUCAAGCCCUGGCAUGCCGACGCCAACGCACUGCCCAUGCCCGACCCCAGCGACCCCUUCCGCUACGACCCGCUCCCGCCCUCCGACGUGAGCCACCCCUUGCCGCCCUCCCAUGUGAGCCACCCCUUGCCGCCCUCCCAUCAUGUGAUAGAGAUGGUGGAUGGCGUGGUGAAGAUAUUCGCAGACAAGGACGCCAAGGAGCGGGGCGAGGAGCUGUUCCCAGUGCACGACGCCACAACGUUCUUCACUGAUCUGCACCGCAUCCUCAAGAUCACCUCCCUCGGCCACGUGCGCUCCCUCUGCUUCCACCGCCUGCGCCUCCUCGAGCAGCGGUACCACCUGCACCUGACGCUGAACGCGGACCGCGAGUUCAAGGCGCAGAAGAGCGCACCGCACCGCGACCUGUACAACGUGCGCAAGGUGGACACGCACGUGCACCACAGCGCGUGCAUGAACCAGAAGCACCUCCUGCGCUUCAUCAAGUCCAAGCUGCGCAAGGAGCCCGACGAGGUGGUGAUCUUCCGGGACGGCAAGUACCUCACGCUCAAGGAGGUCUUUGAGAGCCUCGACCUCACCGGCUACGAUCUGAACGUGGAUCUGCUGGACGUGCACGCGGACAAGAACACGUUCCACCGCUUUGACAAGUUCAACCUCAAGUACAACCCGUGCGGGCAGAGCCGACUCAGAGAGAUCUUCAUCAAGCAGGACAACCUCAUUCAGGGAAGGUUCUUGGCGGAGGUGACGAAGGAGGUGUUCACGGAUCUGGUGGCGUCCAAGUACCAGGUGAGGGGAGUGGCGUCCAAGUACCAGGUGAGGGGAGUGGCGUCCAAGUACCAGGUGAGGGGAGUGGCGUCCAAGUACCAGGUGAGGGGAGUGGCGUCCAAGUACCAGGUGAGGGGAGUGGCGUCCAAGUACCAGGUGAGGGGAGUGGCGUCCAAGUACCAGGUGAGGGGAGUGGCGUCCAAGUACCAGGUGAGGGGAGUGGCGUCCAAGUACCAGGUGAGGGGAGUGGCGUCCAAGUACCAGGUGAGGGGAGUGGCGUCCAAGUACCAGAUGGCGGAGUACAGGGUGUCCAUCUACGGGCGCAAGAUGAGCGAGUGGGACCAGCUGGCGAGCUGGGUGGUUAACAACGACCUCUACUGCCCCAACGUCGUCUGGCUCAUCCAGCUCCCCCGCCUAUACAACGUGUACAAGGACAUGGGAAUAGUGGCGUCGUUCCAGACGAUGCUGGACAACAUCUUCCUGCCGCUCUUCCAAGUCACCGUCGACCCCUCCUCGCACCCGCACCUCCACAUCUUCCUCAACCACGUGGUGGGGUUUGACAUGGUGGACGAUGAGAGCCGUCCGGAGCGCCGCCCCACGAAGCACAUGAUAACACCGGCGGAGUGGACCAACCCCUUCAACCCCGCCUACGCCUACUACACCUACUACGUCUACGCCAACCUCCUCAAACUCAACCGCGUCCCACAGCUACGCGAGUCCAAGGGCCUCUCCAUCCUCAAGUUCCGCCCGCACUCUGGAGAGGCGGGAGACGUGGACCAUCUAGCAGCCACCUUCCUGACGGCGCACAACAUAGCGCACGGCAACAACCUGCGCCGCACGCCCGCCCUGCAGCACCUCUACUACCUGGCGCAGAUCGGGCUCGCCAUGUCCCCGUUGAGCAACAACUCGCUGUUCCUGGACUACCACAAGAACCCCUUCCCGCAGUUCUUUGCGCGCGGGCUGAACGUGUCGCUCUCCACGGACGACCCGCUCAUGAUCCACCUCACCAAGGAGCCGCUCGUCGAGGAGUACAGCAUCGCCGCUCAGGUGUGGCGUCUGACAUCAUGCGACCUGUGUGAGAUCGCGCGCAACUCCGUGUACCAGUCGGGCUUCUGGCACCCCACCAAGGCGCAUUGGAUAGGGCCGCGCUACUUCCUGCGCGGCCCGGACAGCAAUGACAUCCACCGCACCAACGUGCCGCACAUCCGCGUCGAGUUCCGCUACCAGGUGAGGCGAGUUCCGCUAGCAGGUGGGGCGAGUUCCGCUACCAGGUGGGGCGAGUUCCGCUACCAGGUGGGGCGAGUUCCGCUACCAGGUGGGGCGAGUUCCGCUACCAGGUGGGGCGAGUUCCACUACCAGGUGCCGUGGGGGCGCUACCAGGGCUGGGCAUGGGAGGCGGAGAUGGAGUAUGUGUAUUUGGGCAAGGCUAAGCUGCCUCAGGAGAUCGACUCCUGA